UAAUCGACGGCUAACUAGACUGGUAUAUAUUAAGAUAUUGUAAGAGAUUACAAUCAGUUACGCAAAAAAUGUCAACACAUCAGUACAGUGAUUAACUCAGAUCAGUCAUGUUUAAACUAAAAUUGUGUGUUUUUUUAUGCAUUUGUUCGCUGGCGAACUCUGCUAAUAUUCUGGGCUACUUCCCGACUUGUUCUAUCAGUCAUCAAGUUAUAUUUCAGCCAAUAUGGAAAGAAUUAUCGCUGAGAGGACACCGUGUGACAGUAAUUACUCCAAACCCCUUAAAAGAUCCAUCAUUAACUAAUUUAACUGAAAUUGACGUUAGUUAUAUGUACGAGAAGAUACCUAAGAUAGUUAAAAAAUUGAUGGCCAAAAUGGAUGAAAAUAUAUACUCUCAAAUGAUAAGUCAUUUUGAAGUAAUGCGAAUGUUUGAAGAAGAAAUUCUGGGCUCAAAGGGGGUACUAGAACUUUUAGGAAAUAAAAAUAUUCAAUUUGACUUAGUUAUGAUGGAGAUGAUAAGCAAUAUUGGUCUUGGUUUUGGUUACAAAUAUAAAGCUCCAGUUGUGGGUAUUUCAUCAGUUGGAGGCUUAGCACAGACUCAUGAAGUUAUGGGAAAUCCAAGACAUCCUGCAUUUGUACCAGAAAUAUUCCUUGGAUUUGGUGAAAGGAUGACUUUUCUUGAAAGGAUUCAAAAUACUGCCUUUAAUGUUUGGUAUAGAUAUUAUCAUCACUGGAUCAAUGUUCCUGACUGGGACAAAAUUGCGAGGAAAUUUUUCGGAAAUGAAAUGCCCUAUCUUGGUGAUCUAGAAAAGGAAAUUCCUUUAGUGCUAGUAAACACUAAUCCAGUUCUGGAUUAUGUUAAACCGUCAGUCCCUGGUGUAAUAGAAAUCGGUCAAAUGCAUAUCAAACCUAAAAAGCCUCUGCCAAACGACUUGAAGGAUUACUUGGACAAUUCAAAAAAAGGUGUGGUUUACUUCAGUUUGGGAUCAAAUGUGUUGAGCUCAAAUACAGCACCAGAAUUUCUUAACGCCAUCAAAGAAGCUAUGUCUGAAUUACCAUAUGAUUUCAUGUGGAAAUGGGAAACUGAUGAUUUGCCAAACAAACCACAAAAUGUCCUAAUCCGAAAAUGGUUCCCUCAACAGGACAUUCUCGAUCAUCCAAAUAUAAAAGCUUUUGUCACUCAAGGUGGUCUGCAAUCCAUGGAAGAAGCGAUUACAAACGCUGUUCCAAUGGUGGUUAUUCCAUAUUUUGGUGAUCAACCGUACAACGCCAAACGAAUGGUCCAUAUGGAAAUUGCUAAAGAAUUAAAUUACAAAAUGCUCACCAAAGAAAAUUUCAAGCAAGCUGUAACUGAAGUAGUUGAAAAUGACAAGUACAAGAGGAAUGUGGUGAAGUACAGUAAACUUCUUGUAGACCAACCAAUGACAGGACUGGAGAAAGCCGUAUGGUGGAUUGAGUUCACUUUAAGACACAAGGGAGAUUUCAACUUAAGAGGAUAUGGAGCUGAUGUUCCAUACUAUCAAUAUUUCUUCCUAGAUAUAAUUGCUUUUGCUUUAAUUAUUGUCCUUGCAACAAUUUUGUCUGUGAGAAAAAUUGUUAACAUUAUUAUUCGAGUGAAUGCUCGUAAAUCAUCAAAGAAAAUAAAACGUAACUAA